AUGCCCACGUGAGGAGACAGAUAUUGCAAAUGGCGGACAGAAUAAAAAGGAAAUCCCAAAACUGAAAACACUUUAUAUAGUCAGAUUAAUACCACCUCCAGAUAUGAGUAGCCAAAGCAGAGGAAGCGCUUUGCACUACGUAGAGUGCGCCACAUGUAAGAGUUACUCCAGGUUCUACUGCAAUUCAUGUCACAAGCGAAUGUGUGAGGAAUGCAGAGAUACCCAUCUCCGGGAAAAAGAAAACAGAAAACAUGAGAUAGUCCUUUAUCAAAAUAGGAUAAAGGAAUUACCUGAAGAAAAAUGUCAGAUUCAUACUAAAAAGGUCUUAGAACUCUAUUGCACAGAUUGUCCUGCUCCGGUAUGUUCAAAAUGCUUUGCAUCAGAUCACAAUGGUCAUCAAGUCCUUGAUCUUGAAACUGUUUACAAUGAAAGUUUACAAGAAUACCAGAAAGACAUUAUGAGAAUCCAAGAGACAAUUCUUCCUCAGUCUGUAGAAAACAUGAAGUUGCAAAGACAAAAAGUAGAUGACGUGAAGAAAAACAUUGAAAAAAUGAGAUUAUCAAUGAAGAAGAGUGCUGAUGAAAUAAAGGCAGUCGUGGAUGUCGUUCUAACAGAAAACAAUGCCAAAUUGGACAUAAUUGAAAAAUCAAUAUUAGAUGAAAUGGUUGAUCAAGGAAGGAAAUCCGACGAGUUCAUAUCAUUCUUAGAAAAAUCGAUAAAAGACUAUGAAACUAAGCUGGCGUCAAGUAAACCAACGGAAAUAAUCGAAUUAAGUAAAUUGUUAUCAACUAAUUCUUCGAUAAAGUAUCCUGCUGUAAGUGAAUCUGUUUUACCAGAGUUUACAAAGGGUACAGUUAUAAAGAAAGAAAUUGAAAAACAGUUUGGAGAAUUCUCCCAAAGGAAAGAAAAGGUUCUUAAAGACGAAGAAGAUAUAUCACUACAAAUUUCAAAGAAGUUAUCCGUGAACAAAGCAAUACAUUCCAACAUACCCUUGGCCAUAGAAAUGAAGAAAAUCCAUCUCACUUCAGUCAAAGAAAUUUACCAUUUAUCGUUCUUCAAAUUUGGAAUAUUUUGGGCCAGUGAUAACAAUGGAAAUCUCAACAAGUUUAAUAUGGAUGGAACAACGAUAAUGACAAUCGGAUCUGGUUUUCCUAAUCCAAUGGGUUAUCACGCUGUCAACCAGAAGGGGGAUUUGAUUUUUACAGAUGUAAAUUUUAAUAUCGUCUACAAACUUUCCAAUAAUGCAAUGGCAGUCAAUAUUAUCAACACACUGGACUGGGAACCAAUGGGCAUUUGCUUCUCGCAUAAACACGGAGAUAUACACCUGGGCUUGCUAAAAGGAAAUGAAGUAAAACUUGAAAGCUAUAGGAAAGCAAUUGUAUAUAAUGGGUUACGAUACAUCAAAUAUGCAUCUAACAUACUCAACUUUUGCGGACAUGUUACCUAUAUCACAGAGAAUAUCAAUGGGGACGUUUGUAUAUCAGACUCUGAUAAAAAUCAAGUCUUGGCAGUGGAAAAAUCAGGCCUGAUUCGGUUUUCUUACAAUGGACACCAUUCCCAGUCUGCCUUUCUUCCUUAUGGAAUUUGUACAGAUAUUAUGGGACAUAUUUUGGUUUGUAAUGACCAUCGCGAUUCAUUAAAAGAAAUUCUAGUAUCCACAUCCUGGACCAAAACGGUACAUUCCUGUUUCUGCUACCUGCACCUGAACAAUGUCCACUUUAUCCUGGUGCUCUUUGUAUUGACGAUCAUCAGAAUCUCUUGGUUGGGUGUUAUACGAGACCUAUAGUCAAUGUUUAUAGGUACAUGCAUCUCUUUUCCAAAGGCAAUUGAACAAAUGAUUUAACCAAACCCAACGAAGAAUACUAUCAAUUAUUAUAAGUACGUAGUUUGCAUUAUGCACAUU